AUGGCGCACCCGGCGCAACCAUGGAACUAUAUUGCGAAGAUAGUGUCUCUCGGCGACUCCGGAUGCGGCAAAUCUAGCCUAACAGUCCGGCUGUGCGAAGGCCGCUUCUCCCCACACCAUGACGUGACCAUUGGCGUCGAGUUUGGCUCACGCAUCAUACCCGUUGGCCCUCCCGCCUCGCUCGAGCUCGGAAUCAACAAUCCCAGUGCGGAUGACAGCGCGAAGGAUGCCACUGCGCUCACCGAACAGGAUCAGAAACACAUGAAGCUAUCCAUCUGGGAUACUGCCGGUCAGGAGACAUACAAGAGCAUCACUCGCAGUUACUUUCGCGGCGCCAGCGGCGCAUUGCUGGUCUUUGAUAUCAGCCGGCGCGCUACGUUUGACAGUGUCACGGAAUGGCUUCAUGAUCUGCGCCAGAUAGCCGAGGAGGGAAUUGUCGUCAUAUUGGUGGGCAACAAGGCCGACCUGGCACCCUCUUCGAUUGUUGCCUCCUCCAAUGACUCGGAACACCCGCACGCCAAUGCCGACAAUAAGCGCCAAGUCACACGCGAAGAGGCCGAGGAGUGGUGUCGCCAGAACAAAGUCAUGCAAUAUGUUGAGACGUCUGCAAAAUCAGGCGAAAACGUUGAGCGAGCCUUUCUGGAAGUCGCUGAACGCAUAUAUCAGAAUAUCGAAGCUGGAAGAUACGACUUGAACGACAGGCGAUCGGGUGUUAAGGGGCCAAAUGCGGGCGGCGGCAAUACCGCCAGGACCGUGAAUUUGGGAAUGAAUGAUGUUGCCGCCGCGAAGAGGGGACAGACCGGCGGUGGUUGCUGUUGA